AUUCCCAGCAGAAUGAAGAUUAGUUUAUGUGGAAUGUAUACUAAAAAGUUUGUGUUUUAAAGAUACUGUUAUAGUUAUCUAAUUUUAGUAGUCUUCAGCUUGAAAAGGGACAUUUUCCAGUCCAUCAUGCCUACACCUAAAAGGUUAAGGGAUUUGAUUCGUGAAAUAAGGUCAGCUCGUACUGCAGCUGAUGAGAGAUCAGUUGUUAAUAAGGAAUGUGCUGCUAUUAGAGAAUCGUUUCGAGAGGAAGACAAUACAUAUAGAUGUCGUAAUGUAGCUAAAUUACUCUAUAUCCAUAUGCUAGGAUAUCCAGCUCAUUUUGGACAGUUAGAAUGUAUGAAAUUAAUAGCAUCACCAAGAUUUACUGAUAAAAGAAUAGGAUAUUUAGGUUGUAUGUUAUUACUGGAUGAAAGACAAGAUGUUCAUUUACUGGUGACUAAUUCUUUAAAGAAUGACCUAAGUCAUCAGACACAGUAUAUACAGAGUUUAGCUUUGUGUACAUUGGGUGUAAUAUGUUCAUCUGAAAUGUGUAGAGAUUUAGCUGGAGAAAUAGAGAGAAUGAUCAAAUCAUCUAAUGCUUAUAUUAAGAAAAAGGCUAUAUUAUGUGCUUAUCGUAUUAUACGAAAAGUACCAGAUCUCAUGGAAAUGUUUAUACCUUCAACACGU